ACAAGGAUGAAUACGCGGGUGUGUGCCGAUUGUGUAGGAACGAAAUGGCCUGUGGAGGUUGCGAGAGCGAGAACGAAAAGCGAUAUGGAUCCAAGCCAGGUAAUUUCAGCAAAAAAGACGAUAGAUGCGACAUUGACAGCAGCAAUGCAACGGUCGUCGGUCAACAUCCAACGGCUCAGAUCAGAGCCGUACUGUCUCACUCUCUCGCUCAUCAUCAUAGCGCAAUGGGUGGAUGGGGAGCGAUGGAUGGUGUCCGUUCUGAUGCAAAACUUAGAACAACAACGAACUAGAUCCAUACUGACGCAGGGAGAAGGAGACUCUCCGUAGCUUCUCAGCAAGCGAGACAAGCGGCCAGGAUAGACUGGGGGCGGCAAAGUCAAGAAUGGACCCUGUCACGCCUGUCUACCUCAUGAAGAGACUCGAUUGCCAGGGUCGUUUCGCCAAACAUAAUGAACGUCUUCAAUGCGACGGAGCCUGUCAAGGUAGUUACGGGAGACAGCAACGCGUUCAACGAAAGGGGGAAAAUGAUAAAAUGGGCGGAAAAUGUGGAUAUGGAUCCUGUAACAGGCGACAGGGGACCGUUCCCCGACGAACUCUCUCAAGACACGGCGACAGCGCAAGAUGGAAACUGGGGAACGCAUUGGCUGCUGUGUCGCUCAAAAUUUCAAUCUGGGCCGAUACCUGUGCCUGUGCCGCGGGGAGAGCGAUAGCAAACUCCAAAGGCCUUGGAGCUUGCAUGGCAGGCGGCAGAGGCAAUACAAGGUGCCUAGCAUGUUUUGUUGCUGGUGCCAGCUGGUACUCUGCACGGCAUGGACCCUUUCAUGGGCCACGCUGGGAGGUUGCAUAUGUCUGCAUAAAGGCGAGGGCCGGUGGCAUAACACGGCCGUGGAAGAUCGAAGGCCGGGUGUUUGGGUUGAGGGCCGGUAGGUCGAGAGAUAAAAAUGCCGCCAUGGAGGGACCGAUGAAGAGACGGGGGACGGCCACUCGGCCGGAUGGCCCAAAAGACCCGAUUGGGAACCGAGCGUGCGUCUCAACGAAUGAGCAAAAGAGGUCCGGCGGCAGCAAGAUGAAUCAGGAUGGAACUCCCAAUGCGCCGGGACGGAAUGUGCAUUCUGAACUGACUUGCUUGCUGCGUAACUGUGGGCUGUUAUAGCCUGUCACCGGUGGUCGCAGGUGUCGAUGUCGUCUUUAUCCAAGGAAGAGGCGAGAGGGAGCCAGGAUGGUCCUCUUUUCCUGCCCA